AUGAGUAAAGCAGAACAAGAAAAAGUGUUCGAGAAUAUAAUGAAGCAGUUUGAGGACAAAAAGGUGCAAACCAUUACCCUGGUGGGGGAUGCUGGAGUAGGGAAAACAUGGAUGGCUAGACAGAUCAAUAAUUUUAUCAUCAAUUGUGAGAGUAGCUUUUAUUGGGAUCUUUGGAUAUCUAUAAAUAGAAAGUACGAGAGAAGGUUCCUUUAUGAUGUCCUUGCCCAUCAAUUGUCCGUACAAGCAAGUACCGAUGAUUAUCUAGAAAGCAAUGUUAGAAAGGAAUCAGAAGAGUUGGUAGAGAAGAUAACUAAGAAACUCGAGGAAAUGGGAAGCAAGAAAUCAGAAGUGUUGGAGAUAACUAAGAUGCUCAAGAAAAUGGAACUUAAGAAAUUGGAAGAGUUGGAAAGCGAGAUAAUUAAGAAGCUCAGGGGAAUAGAAAGCAACAGAUCGGAAGUGUUGGAGAUAACUAAGAUGCUCAGGGAAAUGGAAAGCAAGAAAACGGAAGAGUUGAAAAGGAAGCUGAUAAUUGAGAAGCUUAGGGAAAUGGAAAAGGAGAAGCUUCAGGAGAUGGCAGAAAAUGAGAAACCUGGAGGAUCAAAUACACCAUUUCUUUUAGUAAUUAUGGAUGGUAUUUGCAAUAACAGUACUACAGUCGAUACUUACGAAGAGAGAACUAGGGCUGAAUUGGAAAGUCUACUGCCAAAGGAAUCAAAGCUCAAGUUUUUAGUCACAAGAAGAAGGGACAAAAUGAGCAAUGAGGAGAUAAUAUUGAAGAAUGGGGAAGUGAUCAUUGAGAUGGAGCCCUUGUCGGAAAAAGAGUCAGGGACUCUAUUUAUGGAACUUCUCAAAACUUCAAUUCCCAAUCGAGAAAGCUUUGAAGCAAGUAUUAAGGAAUUUGCCAAAAAGAGCAAUGGUUUGCCAAUUGCAGUAGUCAAAUUGGUAGCAGAAGCCUUAAAUCUAUCAGGAGCAAAUGAUCUAGAGCUUUCAAAAUUAGAAAAUGCUCUGAAAGAAGUAGCUAAUUAUGAGGAAGCAGAUCAAUGCAUGAGUUUGCUCCUGCGCUUUGCAAUUCACAUGUUGCAUGGAAGUGAUCAUGGAUAUUGGAGUACCCCAGGCAACGACACUUUGGUCAAUUGCUAUUGGCAUAGCUGGGAAUUCGUAAGCAAACAUGAUGCAAUAGAUUACAAUGUGUUGAUAUUCAGUUGGAUAUUGGAAGGAUAUUUCGGUUCUACUGAUCAUAUUAAGCAGACAUAUGAAGAAGGGCAUCGUGUGCUGAUGAAACUAAUAGAAUGUGGGUUGCUGAAAAUGCAAGAAGAUAAUUUUGUUAUGAUGGAAGAAUUGGUUCUUCCCAUUCCUGAUUGUCGUCUUGUUGGAUAUGAGCAAAAAUCAGUCCUGGGAUUGACUCGUGUUCUUGACGAAAGCAUUUGGAAAGGAUUAGGGACACUUGCACCUUCAGAUUAUAUGAUAAAGACAACGACAAAAGAAGAUAAAUAUAUUUCCACUCUCCUCAUUCAUGGAAGUCGUCUAUGCAGGGAAGACCCAGAUUUAUACUUCAAGGAGAAGCUGGGACUCCAAAAUCUUGCCAUUUUCAAUCCGAGAUUCGGGUCAUUCCCUCCAUUAUUGUCUAAAAUGGAAGAGCUUUGUGUGUUGAUUCUCAGAGGUUGUGAUCAAUUGCGAAAGAUUGAUGACAUCCAACACUUGAAAUCACUGGCAGUUCUGGAGAUAUCUGAUGCUAACUUCUUAGAAAAAAUCAGUGACGAUCUUUUUAAGGAAAUGACUAAUCUUCGGACCCUCAACUUUUGUGCAAUCUCCAUCAAAAUGCUUCCUUCCUCUCUUUCCAACCUGAGCCAACUACGUUGGCUCCUCCUCAGGAGGUGCCCUUUUCUGGAAAGCUUACCAAAUCUAAAAGUACAUACAAAUCUCGAGGUACUUGAUCUUUCUGGUUCUACAUCUUUGCUAAAGAUUACAGACAAAACCUUUUCCCAUCUUAAGAAAAUCCAAUUCCUUGAUUUUUCUCAUACCUCGAUUAAAAGACUCCCAUUCCUUUGCAACCUUGGCAACCUUGAAAAUCUCACUCGACUCUUGUUGCACGACUGUAAGUUAACUAUAUUGCCUUCCUUUAUUUUGGAGAAACUCAAGAUCCUUGAUUUGUCCAUGACUAAAAUUAGAAGUCUGCCUUUCGAUUUUGGCAACUUUCCAAAUCUUGAGCUGCUUGAUCUUUCUGAUGCCUCCAAAUUGGUUACAAUCCCAGAAAAUGCCUUUGAAAACAUGGUUUGCCUCCGUCAUCUCAACCUAUCAAACACUAAACUUGAAAGUCUACCAAAAAUAUCCAACCUUGUUAAUCUUCGACAGCUUUUUCUAAAGAAUUGCCCACUAUAUAAAUUGCCAAAAAUGGAAGGAGUUACAAGACUUGAGGAGCUUCAUCUUUCUAAUGCUUCUAGUCUGGUUGAGAUUGAAGAUCAAUCAUUUGAUCAUCUGAGCCAUAUCCGUCAUCUUGAUUUCUCACACACCAAAAUUAAAACUCUACCAUCACUGGCCAAGCUCAAUAACCUUCAUUCUCUCAACCUUUCAGGAACAGGACUUACACUACCUUACAUUGCCAAUCUCACCAACCUCACUCAGCUUUCACUUCGAGGUUGUUUAGUCCCAAAUCAAUCAGAGCCAAGUUUCGGAGAACUUAAAAAGCUCGAGGUUUUGGAUCUGUCAGGGACAGGAAUCACAUCUCUACUAACAUUGAAAAAUCUUACCAAUCUCCGGGAGCUCAAGUUAAGAGGCUGUUCGAAAUUGGAGCAGCUUCAACAUUUGGAUUCGCUUGCUAAUUUAGAAGUUCUUGAUUUGUGGGAGACGGGAAUCAAAAAAUUUCCGAACGAGAUCAAUGAGCUGACUCAUUUAAAGCACCUGGAUCUACCAAAGGGUUUUCUUGACUUGCAGAAGAUGAAGCACUUGCCAAAGGAGCUAAACUGGAAUGAAUGCUACAUCUUAGAGCCCAAAUUUCACUUUUCUAUUUUCCCUGAGCAAGGCAAAGCUGGGGAUAUCCAUUGGCACAAAGUUGAUCCUAACUUUAGAAGAAUCUACUUCAACACUCUAUCUUUCCCUGGGGAGUGUCGCCAGUAUUUGGAAAUUGUUGGGUUUGAUUCUUUUCUUGCUGGGGUUGAGGAUGCACUCCAGAAAGCUGCAUAUAUAUCUUUGAUUGGAAAUAAGUUCAUCACACGAUUAUCAGAUCUUGGCGUGGAAAAUGUGCAUGCAAUGAAAGGUUGUUGGCUACAGAGGUGCACAGAAAUUGAGAAAGUAUCUUUGGGAGAAGAAACCGAAGCCAAAAUGGUGGGAAAUCUGGAGAUUUUGUGGGCAUCAAACCUUCCCAAAUUGAAGCAUGUAUGUAGCGGGAUACAACCAGGCGGGGGCUUUAAAAAUCUUACAGAAAUGUAUCUAGAUUGUUGCCCAUUGCUUAAAUUUGUCUUUCUUUCUUCCCAAUUCCCGGAAAAGCUUAAGAUCCUCCAUCUCAAAUUUUGUGAGGAUUUAGAAAGACUGUUUGAGCCGAAUGUCUUGGAUGCUGAUAAAAAAUGGAGUUUACAAAAACUGAAUCUGGUGGAACUGCCCAAAUUGACUGGGAUGGGGGUGCCAAAGUCCAAGAAGAUUCGUGAUGUAUUUCCAUCGCUGGAAGCAAUCAAAGUUAAGGAAUGCCCAAUGCUAGAGAUCAUGUUAGAACAAAUUGAGGAGGCAGGUGGACGUGUUGAAAAUUCUAACAACGUUGAAGAACAUUGGUACGAGAAAACUCCAACUAGGUCCAUUUAUGGGCAAUGUUGA